UUCUGUUUUACUUUUAAUAAUCUUAUAAGUAUAUUUGGCAAAAAAUAAUUAAAUUCAAAAUACGAAUUUAAUAAAAAUAUCAUUACCGCCGCGACCUUGAAAUUCCACGCCCCUUAUCUCAUCUGCUUUCUUCCACACGCAGUUCCUUCCCCCCCCCCCCCCCCAACACCAAUAUAAAUAUAGAGCUCCUGUCUUUCUGCUCCUCAUCAAAUCCAAACCAUCUUCAGAAGGUUUCAUAGGUUCCAUCGCCCCCUUCCCCCCCCUCUGUCCCUCUCUACGCGUCAAAUAUGGUUGAUUUGGACUGGAAAACGAAGAUGGUAUCGCCUGACAUGUCCAACAAAUCGCCGAGACUCUCAAACAAGCUGCACGUUUCGAUCCCGUCGUCGUUACGCGCCACCGGAGACUUUUCUCCGGCACCGGCGUCGGAGUGUUUGGCCUACGAACAAUACAUCCGCCUGCCGGAGCUCGGGAAGCUGUGGAGUUCGAAGGACUUUCCUGAGUGGAAGAAUGAAUCGAUUUUGAAACCGUCGCUGCAGGCUUUGGAAAUCACGUUCCGGUUCAUUUCCACGGUUGUGUCCGAUCCGAGACCCUACGCGAACCGGAGGGAGUGGAACCGGAGGCUGGAGUCGCUGACCGCAAACCAGAUCCAGCUCAUCGCUGUCCUGUGCGAGGACAACGAAGAGGACGGCGAUACACGUGGAACAGCGCCGAUCGUCGAUUUGAGCUCGUCGGGCGGCGUGGUGGCCCGGGAAGGGAGCUCCGCCGAGGUGUGGAAGCUUUCGGGAGAGACCACGGUGGUUAGCCGACCAAGCGAAGCGAGCUUGCUUCCGCUGUUAGCCACGUGGCAGAAAUCUGAAGACAUUGCGCAGAAAAUCCUGUCCUCGAUCGAGCGCGAGAUGAGGAGGUGUCCCUACACACUAGGUUUGGGAGAGCCGAACCUCGCUGGCAAACCGAACCUCGAUUACGACGCCGUUUGCAAGCCGUCGGAGCUUCAUUCUCUGAAGAAAUGUCCCGCCGAUCAAAUCAACCUCCACAACCGCGAGAACCAAAUCCUGUACACGACGCAGCAGAUCAGGGCGUCGUGGAUACACGCAUCACGAGAGCUUCUCGCGCGCAUCGCAGAGAGAAUCGAACGCAAAGACUUCGAUAAAGCUUCGAGCGAUUGCUGGUUGCUCGAGAGAAUCUGGAAAUUUCUCGCGGAGAUCGAAGAACUCCACCUCCUAAUGGAUCCGGACGAUUUUCUCCGCCUCAAGAACCAGCUCUCGUUCAAAGCGACGUCCGAUUCCGACGCCUUCUGCUUCCGAUCGAAAGAGCUCGUCGAGAUCGCGAAGCUCUCGAAAGACCUUAAGCACCGAGUGCCGUACAUACUGGGCGUGGAGGUGGAUCCCAAGGGCGGGCCGAGGAUUCAGGAAGCGGCGAUGAAGCUGUAUCGCGAGAAGCAAGAGUUCGAGAAGAUUCACCUGCUUCAGGCGUUGCAGGCUAUAGAAUCAGCGAUGAAGAGGUUCUUCUACGCGCACAAGCAAGGAGUGAUGAUCUUGAUGGGGAGUUUGGAGGCAAAGGGGAAUCGAGCUCCGGUGAACGAUGCGGUGUCUCAGAUCUUUCUGGAACCAACCUAUUUUCCGAGUUUGGACGCUGCGAAAACGUUCUUGGGAGAUUUUUGGGAACGCCAGCAUGGGGCUUACAGUUCCGAUAAACAAACUCGGAGGACAGAGUAAAAGCAGACUCAGUCUCCGACUCGGAUUGACUGAAGGGUCAGCUCGUGGGCUUUUCAACUCGGCCGAGUUACCUUGAUGCGGAAACAGGACACAGCUCAUAAAGGGAUAUUUAAAAAUUAUAAUAUUCUUUUUACCCUUGUAACUUAUAUAGGUCUCGUGUUUACUAAUUACAAUUUACAGAGGCAAUUCGUGUAAUAAGUUUUUUCUUUUCUUUUCUUUUCUUUUUGGGUUAAACUUUUUAGAUCAUUCUUCAAAAUUGAUAUUUUUGUUCUACAA